AUGGACUCCACGGUCCUACCAAGCUCAGCUUCUGCACAGUUCUCAAUAUGGCAACCGUUGAUACGUGUGUAUCUGAUCUCAUAUGGCCAUGCAUAUGGGCCAGUGGUGUGGCAAGCCGGAGAAGAAUGUCAGACUAAGCUCCUCGCGUACAACAUUCGUCACUUGCCCAAUCCGCCCCGGCAUCUCCGUGCGAAUGCAACGGGUAUCUCAAAACGACUCCAGAAAGAGUUUCUCCAAAAUGAUAUGGUGGAAGCAUUUCUGCAAAAAGUCCGAACCGAUCUCCUCGAAGCAAUUAUCGGAGAGGCCAAUAUAGCGAUUCAAAAUGACCCAUUGCCAGUUAUCAGCAAUGAAAAUCUUGAAAACCAAGGUGUAUCUCCAAGUGGUGAGAGACUUGACCUCCAACGCCAUGAUGAGAUUGCACAAAAAGAACGCUCAGUGACUGUCACAGUAUGCUGUGAAGAGGGGCGCCACCGAAGUGUUGCAUUUAUCGAAGAAUUGGCUCGAAGGCUUGCCAGCUUCAAGGAUGGCGAUAACUUAUCUAAGGCCUGGAGACUAAGCGUUGACAUUUCUCACCGUGACAUUGGCGGGCCAAGUGAAGCCGAUGGGCAUACCGAGCAGCGCACUAGCUCAAAGGCCCAAAAGAAAGCCAGACAGAAAGGACGAGAUCAAAAGAGGGGAUUGGGUGUCAAUUUUGAUGAAGCUGGGGAUAAAUGA